AUGGAUACGGCAACGAGUCCUCAAGGGUCAUCGUCGUCGACAGGAAGAUCAUCACGCAAGAGGGCCCAAGUAUAUACCCCGGCCGGCAUCACUCUCGACACCGUGGCAAAUGUGGCCGAGGCAUCCGAUAUACUUGCUCCUCUCAAAGCAGCCUGUCGAGCAACCAAAUCAGUCCUCGAUGUCAUGCAAGGUAUCGACGACAACCAGGAAGACUUUGUCGACCUAACACGGCGUCUAGACGAGUACAUAUCGUCUAUUGAAGAUCAAGUCAACUCGUUUGAACGGUAUCCUCCAGCGGAUAGAGCCGUCGACGAAGCGCUUAGCCGGCCACUCAUUCGUUACGUCGAGCUUCUUGAAGAUUUUCAUCACAAGGUCGUAAAUCAUAGGCACAAGCGACAGCGCAGCGGUCUCAAUGUUCUAGUUGCGAUGAGCAAGAUUAAACUGGAUGCAGGAGAAAUCCGUAAAUUCAAUCGAGAUAUCGAGGACAGACAUAGGCAGUUUAUGAAUGCGUUGGGUCUUUUCACUGCAUUGCGUGUUCAAGCCACCGAACGCAAUGUUCAAGCCAUUGAACGUAAUUCCAAGGUUAUCCUGACAGACGUCGAGACUGCUGCCAUACUGCAGCUACCAAUGGUAGCAUUCGUCGCGUCCUCAGUGCACACCCCCUGUUUGCAAGGAACACGUCGGACUGUUCUUGACAAAAUCUGGCGAUGGGCUGAGGAUGAUGUGUCGGAGAAACAAAUAUUCUGGCUAUGCGACAUAGCUGGAUCCGGUAAAUCCUCAGUGGCAAUGUCCGCAGCGGCGUCGUGGCGAGCCGAGGGAACUUUGGGGGCCCAGUUCUUCUUCUCGAUGGCCAGCACCGAAGCAUCAAACAUAGAAAAGGUCUGCUCAACCAUAGCUAAGGAAAUCGCCCACCAUAUACCCGAGCUAGCUCCACACAUCGCCGAGGCCGUGAAGCGAAAUCCGGUGGUCAUGCGAAGUCCGCUUGGCGAGCAGUUUCGCACACUCAUCAUCGGUCCACUCAGUCAUUCAGACAAGCGAGUAAUCAUUGUCAUCGAUGCAAUCGACGAAUGCAGAUCUGGAUCACAGCGAAGAGAACUUGUCGAAACCAUUGCUAUGGGCGUUCGAGGGAGCAAAAACCUCAAGAUCUUCAUGACGAGUCGACCAGACCCCGUCAUCGAAGCUGUUCUCAAAGGGGUCUCUAUUAAAGAAAAGUUGGAAGACCGCCUGCACGAUAUCAAUCACCCAGAUAACACCAAUGACAUUGAGGUCUAUGUAGAUCAGUCUCUGCACCUAGUUCUACCCAAGGAUAAGAGGCAACGACUGGUCAAAAAAGCCAACAGCCUGUUCAUCUGGGCGAGCACCGCAUGCCGAAUGCUCACUAGCGAAACCAGUUUGAGUUCGCCCGAGGACAUAUAUGAUCUCCUUAUAUCCACGGACCAACCCGGAGUCAUAGAUGACGUAUAUGGUCUCGUCUUCGAAAGGACCGACCCACAGUACUACGCAGUGAUGUGCGCAAUGCUCGCUCUGCUGGUUGCUGCGUUUGAACCACUCACCGUCGACGAUUUGGACGACCUACUGAAGCAUGCUAGAGUACGGGGAAGUGCUAAGGCGUUAGUCCAGAAUCUGGGAAGCGUACUCAGUGUGGAUCCAGGUACACAUCUGAUCCAAUUUCGUCACCCUACCCUGGUCGAGUACCUUCGACGCUGCUCUAUUGCACCAACCCCCGAUAGACGUAAUAGACUGUAUCUCAACGUCGCUGAUGCGCACGGUCAAGCUGCAUCAUGGUGUCUCAAACGCUUCAAGUCGCCAACUGGAGGUCUCAAGUUCAACAUAUGUCAAAUCGAAUCUUCUUUCCUCCUCAACAGACAGAUCCCUGAUCUCGACGCCAGAGUUUCAAAGUUCAUCCCUAGAAGGCUUCGUUAUGCCAGCUCCCAUUGGUCAUUUCACCUGGCGGAAACUGAUGACAGAUGGCGACGUGCUCUCAAAAGCGAAAUCGUAUACGUUACCAAAAGUCCCCAUGUGCUAUAUUGGGUGGAGAUUCUGAGCCUUACUGGAGGAGUACCGCGAGCAAUAGCCGGUCUUCGAGCCGUCACACGUCACAUAAAAGCUGAGGAGGGGUUUCAGACCAGAUUAACAGAGAUCCGACGGUUUCUAAUGGCAUUUUCGGUGGCAAUCCAGGACAGUACCCCGCACAUCUACAUCUCGGCCCUUCCGUUUACUCCUACAAAGUCAAUGCUGCGUAGCGAGAGUCUCCCACUGUACGCGAAUACGCUGACUGUGACUCAAGGACUUGAGGAAAUGUAUCCCAGUCUUCCCAGAACGCUUCGAGGUCAUCAGAGACAGAUAAAUGCUGUCAGAUUCUCACCAGAUGGCUCGCGAAUCGCAUCUGGCUCUGACGACAAGACGGUUCGACUGUGGGACGCGGACACUGGUCAGCCAUUGGGGGAGCCACUUCAAGGUCACAAAGACACGGUCCAGGCCGUCGGAUUCUCGCCAGAUGGCUCACGAAUCGUCUCUGGCUCUUCCGACAUGACAAUUCGGUUAUGGGAUGCGGACACUGGUCAGCCACUAGGAGAGCCGCUUCGAGGUCACAAAUUCUCGGUCUUGGCCGUCGGAUUCUCUGCAGAUGGCUCACGAAUCAUCUCUGGCUCCUCCGACAUGACAGUUCGAUUGUGGGAUGCGGACACUGGUCAACUACUGGGAGAGCCACUUCGAGGUCACAAAUCCUCGGUCUUUGCCUUCGGAGUCUCCCCAGACGGCUCAAGAAUCGUCUCUGGCUCCUCCGGCAAGAUAAUUCGACUGUGGGAUGUGGACACUGGUCAGUCACUGGGAGAGCCACUUCAAGGUCACGAAUCCGACGUCUUGGCCGUCGGGCUCUCUCCAGAUGGCUCAAGGAUCAUCUCUGGCUCCUUCGACAAGACAGUUCGACUGUGGGACGCGGACACUGGUCAGCCAUUGGGAGAGCCACUUCGAGGUCACAAAUACUCGGUCUGGGCAGUCGGAUUCUCACCAGACGGCUCACGAAUCGUCUCCGGCUCUGGCGACGAGACGAUUCGACUGUGGGAUGCAGACACUGGUCAGCCACUGGGAGAGCCACUUCGAGGUCACGAAGACUCGGUACGGGCCGUCGGAUUCUCUUCAGACGGCUCAAGAAUUGUCUCUGGCUCCUCCGACAAGACAGUUCGACUGUGGGACGCGGACACUGGUCGGCCAUUAGGAGAGCCACUUCAAGGUCACGAAUCCGACGUCUUGGCCGUCGGAUUCUCUCCAGACGGUUCGAGAAUCGUUUCUGGCUCUUACGAUAAGACAGUUCAACUGUGGAACGCGGACAAUGGUAGGCCACUGAGAGAGCCACUUCAAGGCCACGAAUCCGACGUCUUGGCCGUCGGAUUCUCUCCAGACGGCUCACGGAUCGUCUCUGGUUCUGGUGAUAAGACGGUUCGACUGUGGGACGCGGACACUGGUCAGACAAUGGGAGAGCCGCUUCGAGGUCACGAAGACGCGGUCUGGGCAGUCGGAUUCUCCCCAGACGGCUCAAGAAUCGUCUCUGGCUCCUCCGACAAGACAGUUCGACUGUGGGACGCGGAUACUGACGGUUCGAGAAUCGUUUCUGGCUCCUCCGACUGGACAGUUCGACUGUGGAACGCGGACACGGGUCGGCUACUGGGAGAGCCACUUCGAGGUCACGAAUCCUCGGUCUGGGUCAUCGGAUUCUCCCCAGACGGCUCACGAAUCGUCUCUGGCUCUGGCGACAAGACGAUUCGAUUGUGGGAUGCGGACACUGGUCAGCCACUGGGAGAGCCGCUUCGAGGACACAAGCUCUCGGUCCGGGCCGUCGGAUUCUCCCCAGACGGCUCAAUAAUCAUCUCUGGCUCCUCCGACAUGACGAUUCAACUGUGGGAUGUUGACACUGGUCGUCCACUGGGAGAGCCACUUCAAGGUCAUAAAUCCGACGUCUUGGCCGUCGGAUUUUUUCCAGACGGUUCACGAAUCGUCUCUGGCUCCUCCGACAAGACGAUUCGACUGUGGGAUAUUGAUGCCGGCACAAGCGCGAAUAAUGGUCAGCAGGAUCUCAGUGAGGCUGCACAUUCAAGCAUUCCCGAAGAUAUAGAGGGUACUCCUUUAGGACUACAUGUACCUGGGUUCACGCAUUUCUCGCUUUCGAAUGAUGGUUGGGUCAAAUAA